GCUUCUCCGCUGGACAUGGGUGUCGGCAGGUGGAUCCACACCCCCAGCCUGUGUCUGUCUGUCCCUAGUGGGGCAGGGCUCUGGGGAGGGGAGGCUCCAGGGCACAUGGUGAGGGCGUCUGCCCAGGGAGGUCAGGGUGGCGUCAUGGCAGCCUCUGCAGCUUGGUGGCUGAGUCUUGGAGCCGGAGGGUUGAGGUCUCAGCUUGGCGUCUCUGGACGCAGCCAAAGUGAGGCGGGACAAGGUGGCACCGUGGGUUGACUGGGUUCUGUUUUCUUUUUGUUGAGCUGUUCCAGCUCUUUACAGAUGUUUGACAUCAGCCGUUCGUCAGACGCGUGGUGUAAUUUCUUCUCCCGGCGACGGAGUCAGCGGUUACCUGGGUAGCUUGCUCUGCUGCAGCCCCAUCUGUCGCCGCUGCUCCCGCUUUGCGUGCCUGGCGUCGCUGUCCAGCCGCCGUUUCUCACUGACUGGGUUGUGCCAUAGCCGCUUUCCACAGACUAGACGUCCCAUUCUCCCGUGGCUGGUUCCCUCUGUGUGGAGUGCGGGAAAGGGGAAAUGGCUGCUGGGAAGGACGGAGCCGUUCAGGCACGAGCGCCAGCGAUGGCCCUGGUGGCAAAGGGUCAGUGAAACACAAAGUAAAGAAGAAAGUGCGCUCUCCACAGAAGAGCCCUUGCGGGAGUUCCCCGAGUACGGGAGGCAGGCGGCGUUGGCGUCAUGGGCAGAGCAGUGACAGCCGCGCAGAAAGAUGACCCACGCCGCCAGCCAGGUGCGGGGCCCGUGACGGGGCCGCGGGUGACUGUGUCCUUCCCGGCGCCAGGCGGGGAGCCGGCGCCCAGCAGCCUGCGCGUGAGCAAGGCCUGCCUGCAGAACGUCUUCUCCGUGCUGCUCAUCCUCAUCUACUUGCUGCUCAUGGCCGUGGCCGGCUUCCUGGUCUACCAGACCAUCACCGACUUCCAAGAGAAGCUGCGGCACCCCGUCAUGUCCGUGUCCUACAAGGAGGUGGACCGCUACGACGCCCCGGGCAUCGCCCUGUACCCCGGCCAGGCCCGGCUACUGAGCUGCCAGCACCACUACGAGGUCGUGCCCCCCCUGCGGGACCCUGCGCGCGUGGACACCGUGAACUGCACCACCCAAAGGAUCAACUACACGGACCCCUUCUCCAAUCAGACCCUGAAGUCGGCCCUGAUUGUGCGCGGCCCCCGGGAGGUGAAGAAGCGCGAGCUGGUCUUCCUGCAGUUCAGCCUGAGCGGGGGCGGCGAGGACUUCAGCGCCAUCGACUACUUGCUCUUCUCCUCUUACCAGAGCUUCCUGCAGAGCCCCGACAGGGGGCGCUUCAUGCAGGCCUGCGAGAGCGCCUCGUCCAGCUGGAAGUUCUCGGGGGGCUUCCGCACCUGGGUCAAGAUGUCGCUGGUGGAGACCAAGGAGGAGGACGGGCGACAGGCCAUGGAGUUCCGGCAAGAGACGAGCGUGGUGAACUACGUGGACCAGAGGCCGGUCGCUGAGAGGGGCACUCAGCUGUUCUUCGUGGUCUUUGAGUGGAAAGACCCGUUUAUCCAGAAGGUCCAGGAUGUGAGUACGGCCUGCAGCGUCCACAUGGCUGACUCCCGCCCGGGAGGCCGCUGCCGUCCCCUUGCCACGUGCCAGCCGGCCUUGCGGGAAGCAGACGUGUCCCUCGGAGGUGGACGGCAGCCCGGGGGGACGGGUGGAGCGCCCCUGGGUCUCUCCAAACCCCACUGGUACAGCUGAGCAGGGGCGCAAGCAGGACCACCCAGGGCCUCAGCCACUGUCGGGCUCGUGGGGGUCCGUCCCCAUAGACCUCGCACUGAGCGGCACCGGGCCCUCCCUGUCCACCGUGGGCAAGGGGUGAGUCCACAGCGGUCACUCAGUGCGGAAGCUUCCUGUAUUGGGUGCCCCGGUGUGCCCCCACACCCACUGGAGACUGGGAGCAGCGGCUGGCAGCACCUCACAGGACACACUGUUGCCCGCGGUGACGGCCAGCUGCGCUGCGCCCCCUUGUGCAUCUAGGCAGCAGGCUGAUGCGCGGGGGGGGGGGGGGGGGGGGGCGUCUCCUCGAGCCUUUGGUGACUGGGGCCCCGGGGGGCGGUGGGUGUGGACCGGCUGGCUCGGGGGCGCUGGUCUCGCAGCACGGUCGCCUGUGGGUGAGGCCCGGCACAGGGAGACAGGGAGCACAGACACUGGGGUGCGGUCCGAGCCAGCCCAGGGCUUCCUCCCGCCCCCCUGGCAGCCUGAGGGUGGGGGUUCUCCUCAGUGCGGUCCAGGAGUCACAACCAGGUGAACUCAG